UAAUUUCCAAUUUCGUGCGCGGCGCUUGCAGUUGAAGAAUAUAUUUUUUUAGUGACAAAUAAAAUAAAAACGCCGAUAAUUAUUCAAGAUAAAAAUACUCUUAAAUUACUAGAAGCAAACAAAAUACACUAACAAAAUGGUGGAUAAAAUUGAAAUGAGUUUGGAUGAUAUCAUUAAAUCUAACCGUGGCCAAAAUAGAAAACCUCAAGGAGGAAAUCUUGGUGGCGGCGUUAGACGUGGUGGUGGUGCAGCUGGCAAUAAAGGUCCUCAACGCCAAGGAAAUCGUAGAGUUCAAACAUCACCACGUAAACCAGGUGGUGCUGUCUUAAAAGGCCGUGGCACUGGAGGCAUUCAAAAAGCAAAAUUCUCAAGGGGUGAUGUGAACAGCGCUUGGAAACAUGACAUGUAUGAUGGACCUAAACGGGGUAUAUUGAAAACAACGGAUUCUGCCAAACUAUUAGUGUCAAAUUUGGAUUAUGGCGUAUCUGACUCAGAUAUCAGAGAACUAUUCACAGAAUUCGGACCGUUGAAGAAGGCGGCCGUACAUUAUGAUCGAUCCGGAAGAUCAUUAGGUACUGCCGAUGUAGUUUUUGAAAGAAGAUCCGAUGCUUUGAAGGCCAUUAAGCAGUACAAUGGUGUUCCCUUGGAUGGCAGACCAAUGAAUAUACAAUUUUUAACUGAUGCCGGUAGUAUAACUAGACCUGUACGCAGUGCCGCCCCCAGUCCGCAAAAACGUAGACCACAAGUGGGUGGUAAUGCAGGUGGUGGUAUACGAAGAGGUGGAGCUACUGGUGGCAAUCGUCGUGGUGGUCCACCAAACCGUAACAGACCAGCUGGAGGUGCUGGUGGCGGUGCUGCUGGUGGCCGUACUAGCAAAAAAACUGCUCCUACUGCCGAAGAACUCGAUGCCGAAUUAGAUGCUUAUGUCAACGAUAUGAAAAUUUAGAUAAAUAGUUUUAUAAAUAUAAAUAUAAUUAUAACGAUAUAAUUAAUGUAUCAAUAUAAAUUCUUAUUGUUAAGUCUUCGUCUCGUUUAUACAACAAAAGAAAGCUAAAAAAUUCAGGCUGAAGCCGGCUCUCAAAUGGUACCACACUGCAUACAAAGUUAUUUUCUAAUGUAAAGUACAAUCACUAUCAUCGCAUAUUAAUUAUUUUAUUAUUUUUUUUGUGUGUGGCCUCCCAAAUUAUUUAUAUUAUUUUGUAAUAGUUACAAAAAAAUUUACUUCUUUAAAUUAAUUUUUUUUCAUCACUUUUUUUUUAUUAAUUUUACGUUAUCUUCUAAACAUUAAUCUUGACUUGAAAAUUAUUACCACCCUCUGACUAAUUAAAUUGAAUUAAAAACCUGAAAAUAUUUUUUAUGUUCAAAGAAAAUGUGGUAAAUAAAAAAAAAACAAAAAUGUA